UAUACUUUUAAUUUUAUAUAACAUUGAAACUUCUCUCAAUAUCUCAACCAAAUUAUAGAAAUAAAUAAUUAAAUAACCACACGGCACAUUAAGCUAGUAAAUUCUGAACAGGAACGCAAUAAUUAAAAUUCAAAUCAAAAUAAUAAUAGAUGAAAAAGAAAUAAUAGACGCAUGGUUUAAUAUAAAAACAUUUUAAUUAUUAUUUUGAUUCUAAGACAAGAAUAUAGAAUAUUGAAAAUAAUAAAAGAAUUGAACAUGUAUCCAUUAAGCCAAACACUUGUAACAAUUAAAUCGAUAUCACAUUUAAAUAAAACCAUAUCUAGAGGUAUAAAAAUAGCACAAAUAUCAAACAAUGUUACCGUAGCAAAGACAACAAUAGAUGCGAGUCAUGUAGAGAAACAUUCACAACAAGCCCAAGGAUGGUGGGAUCCCAAUGGGCCUAUGAAGGCACUUCAUAGUUAUAACUUAAUUAGAGUACCUUUUAUAAGAGAUGGGCUUGUUUCCUGCUCGCUGGAUAAAAGAACUACUUUACCAUUAACUAAUAAAGUGAUAUUGGAUGUAGGUUGUGGAGGAGGUAUAGUUUCAGAGGGAAUAGCAAGGCUAGGAGCAAAAGUAACAGGGAUAGAUGCUAGUAAGGAAUUAGUAGAAAUAGCAAAAGAACACUGUACCAUAGAUUCAAGACUAGAAAACAAUAGACCAACUUAUCAUUGUACAACUGUCGAGGAACACGCUCAACAUUUUACCGAUUACUAUGACGCCGUGGUGGCCUCAGAGGUCAUCGAGCACGUAGCUGAUAAGGAACUAUUUAUCCAAUCCUGCGUGAAAGCCUUGAAGCCAGGUGGAAGGAUAUUUAUAACAACGCCAAACAGGUCGAGAUUAUCUGAACUCGUUACGAUAUGCCUCAGUGAACACAUCUUCAACAUAGUACCGAGGGGGACGCAUGAAUAUGACAAAUUCACGACACCAAAUGAAGUCUCAUUUUUGUUGGACAGAAAUAACUGCCACGUCCAGUUGAUUCACGGUAUUAUGUAUUAUCCCAUUAUAAAUAAGUGGGCCUGGACUAGUUCCACUCAACUGAUAUUCGCAUUACAAGCCGUCAAGCUAGCCGAAUGAAUGUUUUAAUAUUAGAAAUAAAUAUGAUACACUUAUAA